GAGGCAACCGAAACAUCGCCGCAUGUCACGCUAGUUAACACUAACUCGACUGCAGUUUCUAUUUCUUUGAAACUGUAAUGCAAUAAAAUGAGGCGGUGGAGACUUCAAAGCCAGCUGUUCACCCUGUGCAUUGCUCUAAGCUGUGUGAGGAGUGCAGCAGGGUUAAUCCGUGUGUCUGGGUAUGAAGGGAGAGAGGUUCAAGUUUCUUGUCCCUACGGAGAGGGUUAUGAGUCUUAUGAGAAGUACCUGUGCAAGAAUGACUGUGGGAGUGAUGAUGUUCUUAUUACGACGACAGAAGCAAAGAAGAACAGAUACUCCAUCCAUGAUGACAAACAGAAUCGGGUCUUUAUUGUGACCAUAUCUGACUUGAGGCGUACGGAUGCUGGGAAAUACUGGUGUGGGGUGACCAGAACUGGAAAGGAUAUCUACACUGAAGUCAUGCUGGAAGUAGGAAGAGACAGCUGCUGUGAUCAUUCCGCCAAAGUCCAACGUUAUGAGGAGAGUUCGGUGUCCUUCAGUUGUCCGUAUGAGUCUGAGUACCAGAACAGCCUCAAGUACAUCUGCAGAGGAAACCAGCCCUCCACAUGUCUGCAGCACGCACUAAUCUCCUCUGACAACAAACAAAAGGGACAGUUCACACUUACAGAUGACAUGGCAUCCAGGAAAUUCACAGUGACCAUUACCAGUUUGACCCAAAAGAAUUCUGGGUCAUACCUUUGUGGUGUCCAUGGAAACACUGGCCUGGAUGUUUUCUCUGCUUUUGAGCUAGAAGUCAAAGAGUGGUGCUGUGUGAUGUCACACAAACUGAGCGGCAUUGUGGGACACCCAGUAACUAUGCAGUGUCCCUAUCCACCACAACACAAAGAUAACAGGAAGUUCCUCUGUAAGGGAGACCACCGCAAAAACUGUAAAGACAUGAUGACGAGUCAAAGCAGGUUCAUGCUGCAAGAAGAUGUUGCAUCCAGCUCUUUCUCAGUGACGAUCACAGAGCUGAAAGCAGGGGAUGCUGGGACAUACUGGUGUGGUUCAGACUCACAGUGGAGUGUUGGUAAUUACACCAAGAUUCAACUGUCACUAGACUUUCAGUGGACCCGCACUGUGAUGUCUACUAUCAAUGUGGUUCCUACCUUCACCAUGGUGGAACCUGUCAGAUCACAAGCAACACCUAUCCCUGGAAAAGAGAUCAAAGAUGCAACACUCUUUUACUCUGUGAUUUUCAUCGUGCCCGCUGUGCUGCUCAUACUGACAUUUGCCCUGGUCAUAGUUUAUAAAUACAAAUGUUACAACGUGCGAGGAGCUGGAGGCAACAUGAACAGAAACAAAACCAAGACAGCAGAAACAGAGGAAGUGAUAAGUGUAUCAGAUAUUUAUCAAAAUCAAGACGUAGUGUACUCAAAGCAGCGGACCUCCAAACAACAGAGCGCCUGUCAACACCAUGAUGACACAGUUGCUCUAAGCUGUGUGAGGAGUGCAGCAGGGUUAAUCCGUGUGUCUGGGUAUGAAGGGAAAGAAGUUAAAGUUUCUUGUCCCUAUAAAAAGGGUUUUGAGUCUUAUGAGAAGUACCUGUGCAAGAAUAAUUGUGGGAGUGAUGAUGAUGUUCUUAUUACGACGACAGAAGCAAAGAAGAACAGAUACUCCAUCCAUGAUGACAGACAGGUCUUUACUGUGACCAUCUCUGAUUUGAGGCGUAUGGAUGCUGGGAAAUACUGGUGUGGGAUUACAAGAAUUGGUUAUGAUACCUACCCUGCGGAAGUAAAUCUGGAAGUAAAACAAGACAACUGCUGUGAUCAUUCCACCAAAGUCCGACGUUAUGAGGAGAGUUCGGUGUCCUUCAGUUGUCCGUAUGAGUCUGAGUACCAGAACAGCCUCAAGUACAUCUGCAGAGGAAACCAGCCCUCCACAUGUCUGCAGCACGCACUAAUCUCCUCUGACAACAAACAAAAGGGACAGUUCACACUUACAGAUGACAUGGCAUCCAGGAAAUUCACAGUGACCAUUACCAGUUUGACCCAAAAGAAUUCUGGGUCAUACCUUUGUGGUGUCCAUGGAAACACUGGCCUGGAUGUUUUCUCUGCUUUUGAGCUAGAAGUCAAAGGCUUUCAGCAGACCAGCACUGUGAUGUCUACUAUCAAUGUGGUUCCUACCUUCACCAUGGUGGAAGCAACACCUAUCCCUGGAAAAGAGAUCAAAGUG